AUGGAAGGCCGUAUACACUUGCAUAUUGAUACAGAGGUACCAUCAAAUGUAUAUGUACUAGAUCUAUGUAAACUAAGUGAGUUGGCGCAUAUUUCUGAGGCAGAACUGGUGUACAGCAUGCAGUCAAAAGAUGCGGUGGACAUGCAAGGUGUCGUUGUAAAUCGAGGCCAAGAAGUGCCAUUUGAGGCCGUAGGAAAAAAAAUUGGAGAUGAUGAAGAUAUUAACAGCUCUCACGGUAGUCCAGUGCCGCUUGGGACCGUGGAUUUGGGUGUCAAGCAGGUUCUACUCACUGCAGCUUCGAGUACCAUGUGUUUAGACGGCUCCGACACUCCUAAAUGUCUUAUUAUGCUCGGAGACUAUACGCUUAUCGAACACAUUCUGGCUCAGCUGUUUGUAGCUGGCAUGGAGAGAGUUGUCAUCAUUAUUUCGUACUUUGGACAUGAAAUUAUGGGACAUGUGAAGGAGAGUUUUCUAUACUCGAAGCUGCAGAUCGAGUUCUUGAAUCUUGGAGAGGAGACGCCCUACGGUCAUGCACGCACCUUGUUGUCGGCAAGAGAGAUGUUUGAUAAACCCUUUUUGAUUCAUACAGCGGACCAUAUCUUUGACCGCGCGAUUAUUACUCGUAUGGCACAUUUUGAAAUGGAAGGGUGUGUCGCGUGUGUGCUCGUAGAUACAGACACAAAUAAAUUGCAGGGUCUCCCGUCCACGGCAGGAAAAGUAGUACUGGAUUCGACGAACGGGAUAAUCCGCAAAAUUGGACGUGGACUAAAGCAAUUUGACGCUAUAGAUGCAGGUUUAUUUGUGACAACGGCGAGACUCUUCGCAGCAUUGGAAAUGUUAGCCUACGAGAAGCCAAAAUAUUCUUUGGCAGAGGCGCUAAAUGUACUGCGUCCGAGCUAUGGAUUGAAAUAUGUGGAGACUAACGGCGAUGCAUGGCUGAGUGUAGAGACUCAAGCACAGUUGGAUGCAAUCAUGGCCAACAAUAGCAUCUCGCUGCUGUCGCCGUGGCCGGUGUUUGUCGCUAAGGAACCAAGUGAAAAGGCACCAUCGCCGACUGCAUCGGGUGGGAGGAACGUGUUUUUGGCUGUUUCAGCUGCUGAUGAUGACUCCAUGCUGCGCGCAGUUGACGCGCAUGUGCGUCAAUCGGCAGACGUGUUUGAAGGAUUUGUAGUUGGCGUGAAUCAGCUGCAGGAAGUGAAUACUGCUGCAACGACUGCACGUACUACAGUAUCAGUUCAAGCACGCGAAAAUACACCACUGCUUGGUCGUUUGGUGAGACCGCGUUCAUGGCGCGGAUAUGACGGACCAAACGUACCUUUGGCUAUCCGACGUAAGCGGAGUUCGUUCUUGAAACAGGCGGAAGAUUCUUUUGUAUUAUCGAUCCCAUUUGAGCAGUCAUCAUCUAGCGCCAGUGCUAAUAUUGGUACGUCACACGAUAAGCGUGGAGUGCCGUCAAUUAUGAAGCGGAUCGCUUAUCUGAUUGAACUCCCGCAAGUCACAACAACUGGAGGUGGGCCUAGUGCAGUACAGGAAACUUCGCAACAAUUUGUGCUUGCUGUGCCAGAUAGCAACACGGUGUACAAGCCCCUUGGCUUGUUACGGAGAUUGUCGUCGCUGCCGACUGAUGUCAAAAAUAUUGCAGUAGAAACAAUCGAAUAUUGCAAUGGCACAAUGGAACUGCAAUUGCUUGUAAAGCGCCAGGUGCCUUUGGUUGGUUACGUGCUCCUACUUGCAUCACUGUUUGCGAUAUCGUCUUUGGGUGCGGCGUUGGAUCUGCAGCGUAAUGUGGACCCUUUCAUGAAAUUGUUUUGGCGAACAACCGCGUCCCUGGUCGUGUUUCUUCCGCUUGCUGGAUGUGCACUGUACAACCAAGGCUUGCCGCAAUUUUCGACGCGGAAUAUGAUUCUCUUUGUGACGUGCUCGCUUUCGUACACAGUCUUCCUCACGACAUUUCUAUGGUCACUGUCACACACAUCCAUUGAUCACGCUUACAUAUUUAACAACUGCCACUCGCUACUUAUGGUCGUGGGCCGCCUGCUUCUUAGGCAAUACAUAUCACAGUUUGAGAGUCUGGGAACUGCUAUUGGUACUCUAGGCGGUGUGCUGACGACUUUGGAUCAUCAGCCGUCAUCUUCAACGAAAGUCGAAGUAGUGCAAGUAUCAUUGGCUGGAGAUCUCGUCGCACUUGUUGGUGCCGUGGGAGGUGCUGUGUACUUAAUUACCGCCAAGAAAUUGCGUACUGAGAUGGACAUCAGUAUUUUAUUUGCUGGCAUGUUUGUGAUACUUGCGCUGCUGAUAUUCCCAGUGUUUUCGCUGCUUGAGAUCCCGUUCGAGGCAUCUCGAGAUCCUGACAUUGGACUCUUGGGCUGGCUGCAUCCGUUGCGUAUAGGAUUGGAAGCCUACAUUGUGGUCGUGUGCACACUUAUCGGUACGCUAGGCUACAUUGCUGCUAUCAAGUAUUUUGCUCCCAUUGUCGUGUCCAUCGUGAUGCUUGUGGAGCCGGUGCUGGCUGCUUUCAUGGGUGUGGUACUGGGUGUUGAUGUAUUUCCGGGUCUGCUUACAAUCGUUGGCUCAUUGCUGAUAAUCAGUGGUGCGGCACUUGUGAUCGUGUCCAAUUCGUCCAAGACCCAGACGAUCGACGUCACGCAGGCCAUGUCAUUAACCUCAUCAGCUAUGCCUCAAGGUCUUAGCUCUGCCACCGGUCUUAGUCAGUCUCAAACAACAAAUCAAGCGAUCAAUGCAAGACAAGAUUGA